AUGGCCCAGGCUCAGGCCCUGGUGCUAUUCUCCUCACUGCUGACCGUCUGUGUCUCUGAAGGGAGCCCCGAGGUGUGGGUGCGAGUCCAGAUGGAGGCCACCGGGUUCCCAUCCCUCUCCCUCUCAGUUCGCUGUGGGGUCUUAGGAACCAAUUUCAUCUCCCUGGUAACAGUCAUCUGGGAAAGAUUUGUGGAUGCCCAAGGGACCAAACUAGCUGUGUUACAUCCAGAACUCGGCACCCAGCGGUGGGGCCCCACCUCCCAGGCCCGCUGGGAAACCUCAAACAGUGUCUCUCUCACUCUGACCCUGGAACAAUCCAAAGCAAAAACGUCCCUGGCUAACAGCACAUUCUGCUGCGAGUUCGUCACUUUCCCUCACGGUUCCAGGGUUGACUGUGGAGAGCUGCAUAGCUCAGAUCCAGGACUCUCUGCCCCAACUCCAGUCCCCAUUCUUCAAGCAGACCUGGCCAGGAUCUUGGGAACCGCAGGGUUUCUCCUGCUUGGUUUCGUCUUCAUACUCUAUCUCCUGUGGCGGCAGAAGCAUUGCUGUUUCAGUAAAUCUCAGCCGUCCCCCACGACCACUCGGGCACAGACGCAAGCUCAGGUGAGGCCUGAAGGAUGGUGUCUGGAGCAGGGUUCCAGGGGUCCCCCACAGCCAGCCAGCAAAGUAUCCCUGGCCACUCUCCACGCCCCCACCCCCCCAUUCAGCACCUCUGUCUGA